AUGAGCCGCGCGUGCUGGGGCUCCCGGUGUUUAUCCGCUCUUAACGGCUAAUCCCGAGACGCGUACCCUCGUAUAUAUUGGGACGUGCGCGUGCACGUACCCGCUCGUGAAACAUACACGAGGGGUGAAAACGACGUUUCUCACAGUUCGUAUCUGUGGAGGGAAAAGAGAUUUUUGACAUACGGACCUCUAACUAUGAUUUUUGAACGACGUGAAUAGCUUUCCUCACGACGGAGGAAAUUUAGUGUGUUCUUUGUUAGCGCAUUGCCAGGAUCACGAUUACGAAGGAUUUGCGAAAGAGAUCGAUGUGAAAUAGUUCAUCCCUGAAUUGGCGAACAAAUACAUAUAUUCGAUAGUCGCGGGAGUGAAGAAUGACGUUACGACGCACGGUGUAACGAACUUGCAACGAUGAUAACGCCAGUGUCAGUGUACAGUGGGGUUAAAGUGCCAGCCGGUUUAUGGAUAAUCACGCUUCGCUGAUUGGCUGCACGAGUACGGGCUCGUAUCAGGCCAACGAGUGACUAGUGUUGUGUCGAGUGGCGCCGAGUGACGGCAUUUAAGUGUGUGAUUCCGAUCGUUUCUUUCCACGAGAGAUGAACGAAUGAUCGUACCGCGGUCAAUCCCUUAAACGCGAUGAGGCCGAAAUCUUGCUCGCUGUUCCUUUUGUUCUGCGUGCUCCUACCAGCAGUGGUUCGUCCCUUCACAUCCGGCGAAGAAAAUGAAGAUGCCGCAGAGGAGGAGGACUCGUAUCUCCUAGAGGAAGACGAUGUGCCUUCAGCUACGAUAGCCAGCGACACCGAGUUGAUUUCCGAAGGUGGUGGUCAUUUACCAGUUUUUCUCACGGAACCUAUAAACUCUUUCGUCGUGAAGAACAAACCCGCAACUCUACAUUGCAAGGCCGCUCACGCGCUGCAGAUUUAUUUCCGUUGUAACAAUGUGAGGGCGGAGGAUUCUCAGCAGCAGGAUUUCGUAGAUCCCCAUACGGGAACAAGGAUCGUCGAUUGCGAACUCAAUAUCACGAGGGAUCAUAUUGAGGAGUACUUUAGCAAGGAUAAAUUCAAGUGCGAAUGCAUCGCUUGGUCUGGAUCAGGACAGAUUAAGAGCCAGCCGGCAAUUAUCGAUGUUGCUUACUUGAAGAAACAAUUCGAAUCGCCACCAUACUCCGUAUCCGUCGAAGCAGGCCAGAGCACCGAGCUCAGGUGUUUGCCUCCGGUAGGAGUGCCGCCACCUAGAGUUUACUGGUUAAGAAAUAAUAUCCCUGUGGACACUGAGUCGGAUACACUUUUGGUGUCCAGCGAGGGCCACCUACUCAUUGGUCAAGCGAAACUUAGUCAUCAGGCGAAUUACACGUGCGUCGCUGAAAACAUCGCCGCAAAACGACUAAGCGAGCCAGUUAGCUUAACAGUAUACGUUAACGGUGGCUGGUCUUCCUGGUCUUCUUGGUCGGAAUGCCAUUCGCGAUGCGCGAAAGGCGGUCAGAAGAGGACGAGAACGUGCACGAAUCCAGCGCCCAUGAACGGCGGUCAGCCGUGCCUCGGCCCGUCUCAGCAAAAGAUGGACUGCAACACAGCUUGCCCCGCCGGCCCUUUGGAGGAAUUCACUAACACCCUGGUUGUGGACGGUGGAUGGUCCAGAUGGUCGGCAUGGUCGGUGUGUGGGAGCGACUGCACGCACACGAGAAGGAGAUCGUGCGACGAGCCGCCACCCAGCCACGGCGGACGAUCUUGCCAGGGCAGAGAUAUCAAUGUGGCGAAUUGCACCGGUGGUAUGUGCAACGUCAACGGCAAUGUGAAGGUGGGCGGCGCUCAUUUCACCGAGGAAGCGAAUCGCCAGAUGGAUGUAGCCUUGUAUGUCGGUCUAACGGUCGCCUGUGUAGUAAUUGGUGGCUUGGCGAUCUUUCUGGCGAGACUCUUGCGACGCAAAGGUCGCGAUCAUUCCUUGUACUCCAUGGCUCGUAAUGAGAUACCCACGAGCCGUACCUCGGCCGUGUACAUUUCAGAAUUCCAACCGGAGUUCUUCCCGGAUCAGGACAAGAAGCUGAGCCUGCAACCGGACGUGACGGCGACCAGCGUGCCGGCCUGCUACGAGUAUCCUUUCGACCCGAAACUGUCGAUGUCGAGAUCCCUCUCGGAACAUCACUACGAUGUACCGCACUUGUCGAUCGCGCCGCAACCGUCGCCAAUGUCACCCACACCGAGCACGUCGACGCAAGAGUCCUGCAGCGACAAACAGAUCCAUUCCGACAGCGAGAACAGCGUAACUAGCUCCUACCCGUCUUCGGACUCGACGUAUAACGUCGCCUCGGAGAGCGUCCGGUUGCCAAAGCUGGAAGCCGGGAACGUCGCCAGAGCGGCGGUGAACACGCGUGGCGCCCUGCUGGUUCUUCCGGACUCUGGAAUCUCCAUGUCGGUACCGGAGGGUGCCGUUCCCAAGCCACUCCGGGCGGAACUCUAUUUGGCGGUGCUCAACGAGGAUCGUUACAGGCCCCGAUUACCCGAUGGGAUAACCCAAUUAUCGGCUGUGGUGACUUGCGGUCCGUCAUCGGCGACCUUCAACAAGCCUGUGAUCCUUCAAUUCGAGCAUUGCGCCAUGUUGCAUCCGGCAACCUGGGAACUGAGCGUUUGGGCGUGCGACGGUGUUAACGUCGACGACGGCUCGUCAUCGGUGAUGUCAAAAGAUCACCAGUCAAUUACAUGGAGCAGAGUGCUAACUCUAGGCAACGAGACUAUCAAUACACCGUUGUUCACGCAAUUGGAUCACGCGGAGGCUUUCAUUGUGACCGAACAACUUCGCGGUUACGUUUUAGCCGGUCAGAGUUGCGAGAAUUCGAUCGCCACAAAACGAUUGCGAUUAGCGCUCUUCGCCAGCCAGGCUGGUCAGUGUUGUGUCAGAGUUUAUGCCGUGGAGGAUACGAGAGCAGCCAUGAAAGCCAUCGUCGAUCGAGAAUCGCAGAUUAGAGGCUAUCUGUUGGACAAACCGCGCACGUUGCUAUUUCAAGACAAAGGGGAAUCGCUCUGCGUCAGUCUUGAAGAAGUCGGCAACGAGUGGCAAAGCAAGUCGCCCACGGAACGCCAGGAAGUCUCGUUCCGGGACGUUUGGAACUGUCAGGAGAAUGCCAAGCACGUGACCUUCGGCCUGGAUACAGCUUUUGGCCCGACCACCACGAGGAGCUACAAGCUGCAAGUUUCGCAAGGAAACUCUGACACGAGACAGGUCUUCAGAAUCGUUUACGAUGGCGCAAAACAGUUAAUCUCCUCGGGUAGCGUCACGAGACCACUCAGGGAAGUUACUGUGGUAAGCAGCGGACACGCUAGCAAUGCCACGACUGACUCAACUACACUACGACCUUUUCGGUUUACGAGAUCCUUGAGGAAGCAGCUCUGCCAAUGUUUAGACCCGCCAAACGCCCUGGGUAAUGAUUGGAGAAUGCUGGCGCAAAGGCUUCAAGUCGACAGGUACAUCAAUUACUUCGCGACUAAGGCCAGCCCGACAGAGCAUAUUCUCGAUCUGUGGGAGGCGAGGCAUCGGGAACCGACGGCGGUGACGGAUCUGCUGAACCAUCUUAGAAUAAUGGGUAGAACCGACGCCGCCACGAUUCUGGAGGCGCAGCUCGGCCCGUGGCUCUGAAUAAACAGAAAACCGGAUCUCGAGAAGCGUUUCCCCAGCGAUGAGUGAAAGUCGAGACCGUUGUAUGGCCACCCGCGACGAACGAUCAGUGUAUGGAACCGCGAUCGGUGGGUGAUCAAACGGCGACCGAUGAACUCGAAAUCGAUCAGUGAAUACAGUGAGCCGGAUCGUCGGAGUACGCGCGGAAGGGAAGAACGAGAAGGAGGCAGGAGAACUAGGGUUCUCCGAACGGACUCAUCGAAACACUGCCUUAAUUGUGCGCGACAAACGCGUCAGUACUUUGUAUAUAAACGUGAAUUAGUGGCAAGUCCGAGAAUUCCUUUUUGAGGGAGAUCCUAUGGACAUCGAAUUAAGGACCGAGAAAUGCUUAUCCGUGAAUUCAUGGGCGGUAUAAUCCGCGUAAAAGAAAACCGUAUAUAAUUGUGACGAAGUAAUUAGGGACUGUGCAUUUAGACGGACAUACAUGUACAUACAUAUACUAAAAACACGCGCGCAGAUGAAUAUAUCCAUUUUAGAUGGAUGUUUCUAUAUAAAUAUAUGUUAUAUAUAGAUAUAAAUAUAUAUAUAUAUAGGACACCAAGUAAAGUUUGAGCGGAUCGGCAAUAUCCGCAACACCUUGAUGCAAUUAUCGAUUUGUUAACACGGACGCACGCGAGCACGAGCGAAUGAUUAUUAUUUUUUCUGAAAAUCGUGCCAAAAUUACUUCGGUUUCGUAAACGUAUAAACUUCCGUUUAUUGUUACAUUAGAUUUUUUUUCGUGAACGCCGUAUUACCCCUUUUAUGCGUGUCGACAAUACAGAGAUCGCGAUAUACGAGAGUAUAGGAGGACAUUGGUGCACGUUGCGCACUAGAGUCCGAACAACGCGCGAUCGCAUAAAACGAGCUAAUUAUAACAGACAUGAUUUAAAUCAACGAUUUAUUUGAGAGAUUGUAUAUUUGUUACUUUCGACGAAUAAAAUAUUCUUGUAUACCUCAGAGUCAAA